AUGGGUGCCAGUACCUCGAAGAUCGACGAUGCAAAAGAUAUCAGCGUCGCCGAGUCUUCGCCUCCCAGUGUGUCAGGGUCAGCAUCACAAUCGACUCCGCUGGUAGAGUCGCCGCUGCCAAUAAAGUCAUCUCCAAAGUGUAACCGCCUUCCUCCUGUCGAGAGUCGAGAGACGGUCAGAUCUCAAAUCUCUCUGAUCCGCGGUUGGCGCCUCGUUGAUGCAUCAGACGAUCUGUAUGAAUCUACACCAGGCAAUCACUCAGUCGUUCGCCAGUCUAGAGUCCCGCCUCAAUCUGUCAAGCUAGAGGCCUUGCCACCUGAUCCCAGUCCGGCUGCGCAGGUUCGCGCAAGAACUACAGCUGCAAGAGUCCCUCCUAAUGGUGUCCAUCCUGUCUUGCCCGUGAAACGCACGUAUUCUCCUUCAUUCCAGGCCAACAAAAAGCGACGGCUCAUUGCCACGUCAAAGGCCGUUGAAAUUGCGCUGUACAAAGUGGAGGAAUCCGAUUGCUUAGGCGAGUCAGCGCGAGUCGCAGAUCAUGCGCCUGGGGUAACGUCUGACAUCUUUGGAGAGCAAAUCGACUGGUCUUUUUUCGAUAAAGAACCACAGAUAGGUUACUCGACGUCCAAUGCUGCUGCUACUAGAAACGAUGUGCAGUAUAAUGACCUUGGUCUGAAAACGUUCCCGCUCUACCAAGACGAGGACUUUGCGCCCAGCGAGGAAUCUGAGGAUGAGGGCUACCACUCGCUCACAGUCAGCCCGACGAGUAAACUUGAAGCACUGUCAGAGGACCAGAAGGAACAGAAGCUGGCUCAAAAGUUGGCCUCGUUACAGCGUGAAAACAUCGUACUGUUCAAGCCGGAUGCCUCAGUCAACAAGUGGGGAUUGUCGAAGUCAUGCGACGAAGAGGAGGACGACGAUCUGAAGGAAGCCAGACAAUGGAUGCUGCAAGACCAAGAAGCCGGGGCUGAGCGGAGUAGGAUUCUUCGGGAGAAAGCCGUGCGGCGGAAGCGGCUCGAAGAGUCAGCCACCAGUCCUACGAGCUCGAAGACUGAAGCCAGUUCCGAUCUCGUAAUGGUUGACAAAAGCAUUGAUGACGACUCCUUCUCAGACGUUGAUAUGGAUGAGGCCAUAGACGACCAAGAACCCGACAAGGAGGAACUUCUCGACAUAGCCCAGCAACAUGUCUUGCAGCGCACAAAGCCACGCGGCCAAAUACUCAAAGAGCCGUUGAUGGCGCGCCGUCAGAAAAAGAAUCCAAACGCCUUGAACCCCGCUUCAAGAGCUGCCGCUGAACAGUUCAGAACCCAAAGCAGGCAUUUGAGCCACGGCAAAUCGACUCGUUGGGACGAAGGCCCUUGUGCUCGAACCACUCUCGAAGAGAGGGAGCGCCGCCUUCGUGAGCUCGCAAGAGCCACGUCAAGUGAGUCGUCGAUGGGACGCAGUGUGAGACCUUUAAAGUCGAACAAUCAGUUCAUUCAGGAUGACUUUGAGCGUAGGCCUCACCAAGCCAAUGCGCAUGACUCAUCCUCAGAAGGCAUCGCAGUCGCGUCACACGAGACACGAGAACCGUGGCAUGAAACUUUCGUUGAUCACGCCGGUGGCCACAGUGCUCGAAAUGCGGCACGCCAGAGAAUUUCUGGUCUGGAAAUGCUGGCUAGGAAACGAAGUGCAACCCUGGAAUUCGACGAUGAUGCGCCUGGUAGAAGCCAGACAUCGAGUGACGAUGUCCGCGAUGUGGGACUUCUCAGCAAUCACGAGGCAGAUGAACCGCCGGCUCAAUACUUAUCUGGUCACGACAUGCUCGCAAGGAAGGACGGAGUUGACCAUGCCGUUCGGCCUGCAAGUAGAACCAACCCGAGCGAUUCGAAGGCUACAGCAGCACACCGUUCGCUUCGGGGAUUAGACAUCACCCUUCCACCAAGUUUCGACAAGUACCCCAAGGAGGAGCAAAAGCACAUUCUGGACCACGAAAUUGCAAAGGAGCGAAAGCGCGACCUUGAAGCAAUUGACAGAUCGGCAUACAGUAUCGCAUAUUUACGCUGCCUAGGCAUGUUCACCGACACUGAUCAAAAAGAGAUCAAUGAGGUCCGCAAAUUCAUCACACUGGUGCUUGACCAGGGAGAAAGCGGCAAACUGAAACGCAAACGUAUACAAGACAUACGUGACAAUAUGAAGAGAAGGGCUGAUGGAUUUCAAGAACCAGCGUCAGCAGAUGUUUCCAAGUGGCUGACAAGAAUAUUUCCGGGCAAGCUCGAUCUAGUGAGAGAAGAGUUGGCAAAGGUCGAAGACCAAGUUUCAGAUCUGGGUGCUCUUCGCAGAAAUAUUUCGGCAAAGCGUCACAAUAAGAGCGACAGAAAACAUAGGAAGAAGCAGGUUCAUUUCGCCGAGCCCUCCGACGAGCGUGAGACAAAGGCGCCCAGAACGCCGAAACUUCAGCGGCCAAAGCAUGACGGAGCGAAUGCGACUGAGAACAGAAGACUUGCUCAGUACGCCCGGCAAGAUAAAGUUCGUGAGCAGCUCAAGUCUCGGCUGAAGCUCUUCGAUGAAGCCGAACAGCCAGAAGUGAUUGAUUUGCCGGAACAGUCGGAACUUGAUCUAUGCCAACAUAGUGACAGUGAGGAGAGUGAAGAGGACGAAGGUGCGCAAUACGUCUAUGGUGCUGGUCGAACCGCCGCAAGCUCAAGUUUUACUGCAUCAGCACCAUUUCCAGGCACUCGAACUUUGGACAUUGACCAGGACAUCCAAGAAAUCAACCGGCUUGAGGAUGCAAGACAGAAAGAAAGCGGAAAACGUGUAUCACAACACUUGUCUGCGGCGCCCCAGAGUCAGGCUUUUGAUACGCAGCUGCUCAAAAAGAUGCAGGCAAAGAAAGCGCUGCAAGAUCUAGGCAUAGAUGUGGAAGCGAUCAAGUCAAACACUGCUACAGAAGUUGAGGGAAUCAGCGACAGGGAGUCCUCCACCUCGUCCGACGAUGACAGCGAGGACGAGAAUCGACAUGUUUUCAGAUAUACCGUUUGGGCUGUUUUCGCGGGCAUACCCAUCUACAGACUUGGGGAAGAGUACUGGUUCAAGAAAACCUACGACCUCGAGUUGGCGAACAAGUAUGUCGGCAUCCUAAUUCAGGGGGUGAUCAAAUCUCAUCUGCCUGAGGAUGGAAUCGACUCUGGUGACUAUUCUCUUCGCUUCGACUACCGGCAAGGCCUGACCGAGCAGCAUCUUGAGAUUGAUCAGGAUGUGAAUGUCGAAGCACGGGUAUGGGUAGAGAAGGAACUUAUCGAUCUGAACAAGAACGCUUUUCGAAAUGCUAAGGCGAGGAAGUAUACGGGCCAGCAUGCGAUGUAUACCGUUGAUUGGGAGAAGACGGUGACGCCGGUCGUUGAUGAAGCGGAAAUUGACGUGCAGCCCGAAACAUCUGCCACCACUGCUACCAGAGCGCCGACACAAAGCGCAGAUGCAGGCGAGAUAGGGGAAGGAGCAGGAGAAGGCGAAGGUGAUUUGGAUAGUCUCUUUGGCGACGAUCCUACUCCCCCGCCUGAACCUGCCGAGCGACAAGCCGUCACCGGCACCACGACGACAAAUUCAAGAGAAGAGAGCAGGUUCUUCAGCACGCCGGUCCUGGCAAACCGCCACGCCAAAAAUCUGUACAUGGCGUGGCACGCCACAUUCCUUCCUGGUGUGCAGAACGAAGGGUACAGAAGACUCGAAGACGAGGCCGUGGAAGAGCAGCUUGAGUCGAUGGGCACCUGGGGCCUGUGGAAUCGUGAAGAGAGUUUCACCCGUGUGGCAAGCAAGGACGAGAGUGCUAAUGGGCGGGGGAUGAGAGUCGAAGAGAAGUUCAAGGUAUGGGUGCGGAAAGUCGGGGUGCUGGGACCCCGGAAUUAG